AUGCCGCCAGCAUCUAGCAUAGGCAACAGAUCGCCAUCUCUCAAAGCCGAUGACGAAACAGCGCCCCUUUUGUCCUAUGUAGAGCCUGCGCCUAUAGCAGAACCCUACGACCAUCCAAACCAGCUCCACCAAAGUCAGAAUGGACAGCAUGCCAACUAUGAUGAGGAUGAAGAUCGGCCGCUUCCAAAGGCCCAAGUCUUUCUUCUGUGCUUUGCGAGCUGUGUCGCUCCCAUCGCCUUCUUCUCCAUUAUCCCUUACAUCACUUUCAUGAUUGAGAGAGUGGGCGGCGUCAACAAGGAAGAUGUCGGCUUCUACGCAGGCCUGACGGAAAGCCUAUUCAGCGCGACUCAGAUGUGUGUCAUGAUUCUAUGGGGCAAGGCCUCUGAUCGAUAUGGAAGAAAGCCGGUAUUGGUCAUAUCACUGUUCGGACUGGCAUUUGCUACCGCACUCUUUGGUCUGAGUCAAUCUAUAUGGCAGAUGAUAUUCUUCAGGUGCAUCGCUGGUGUCUUUGCCGGCACCGUGGUUACCGUGCGAGCCAUGCUUUCCGAAAACAGCACUAAGCACACGCAAGCGCGCAUCUUUAGUUUCUUCGCCUUCUUCAACAAUCUUGGCAUGUUCUUGGGGCCUCUGAUUGGUGGCGCACUAGAGCGCCCAGCUGACAAGUUUCCUUCGACCUUUGGCAGAGUACAAUUCUGGCACGACUAUCCUUAUGCGCUGCCAAACGUUGUUAUUGCAGCAAUCGGUCUUGUUGUCGCCAUUUCCACCCUGCUGUUUGUGAAAGAGACCCUGCAUGUUCAUGGUGACAAGAAGAGCACCAAGUCCAGCAUGUCUAUUUGGGAACUACUCAAGUAUCCUGGUGUCAUGCCCGUGCUUCUCAUAUACAACUACGUAAUGCUUCUGGCAUACACUUUCACGGCUGUAUUUCCAGUAACCCAAUACACGCCAGUGAAAUUGGGUGGCUUUGGUUUCUCGCCCGGUUACAUUGCCGCAAGUACAGGUUUAAAUGGUAUUUCCCAGGCGAUAUGGCUAUUGCUUGUAUUCCCUUUCCUCCACAAGCGCAUUGGUACCGGUGGUUUGCUUUCGCUGUGCGCAGUUGCAUGGCCGGUUCUUUUCGCUGCUUUUCCAGUGUCCAACUUCUUGCUUCGACAUGGCCAAACUACCCUCUUUUGGGCCACUGUACCACCCAUGCUGGCCUUUUUCUGUGGAGUUUCAAUGGCAUUCACCUGUGUACAACUUGCACUCAACGACAUCUCGCCCUCUCCCGAGACUCUUGGAACCAUAAACGCUAUUGCGCUUGCGGCUCAAAGCGGUCUUCGAUCUGUUGCUCCUGCGGUUGCGACGAGUUUGUAUGCCAUUGGUGUCAAAUAUCGCAUCCUAGAUGGUCAGCUAUUCUGGCUUUGCCAGGUCAUCCUGGCGUGUGGGCUCUUUGCAGUCUUGCGAUUCCUCCCAGCCAAGGCAAGAGGCGAUGUAAAGUUCAAGUUAUCGAACGGCGGUGCAUGAUUGAUGACUUGGAGUGAGGAAAACGUCACCACUCCUUUACGUGGAGUGCAAAAGUCGAAAGAAUUGGAGUCGAAAGGAUUGCAGGGAUAC